GCGGCUGCCCCAUGGCGGAGGAUGUUGACCUGAAAGCAUGUCAGGGAGCUUUGGAUGAGUGCUGUCCACCUCGAGAGGAUCGGCUGGAACUGCAAGAAGAGGAGAAAGACAUAAAUCAAAACCACAGCAACCAUGUAGAUUCCCUUCUCUCCUUAGAGGGUUAUUUACAGCUUCUGCCAUCGCAGGUGGAAAACAUGCUAGAGGUGAACUUACUGGAAGAUACACAAGUUGCUGCUUCUAGUAGAGGCCAAGACCCAUCCUCUUCACACCACAGUAUAAAUAUGACCCAGACACUUCAGAACAGUUUCAGUCCUCCUGAUGCCAUGUUACUAAGAACAGACUACCCCAAUCCAUUAAAUUCAAAACCAAGAAACUUAGAAAGGCAAGAGUUUUUCCCUCAAACAAGCUCCGAUAUCACAAAUCCAGAAUCAUUAUUUCAUGGGUCAAAUUUGACAGGGCUAUUUUCAGCUGCUGACCUUAGGAAUCUAACAGCCCAUGAUGAUAAUUUUGAUGAAAUUAGGCUCAUGUCUUUGGCUUUGGAGGAAGGUUUUAGUCCUAUAGAAGUUUUUCAGAUCUUUGAAGAGCCUGGCUCAGAUUCAGGACUGUCUUUGAAUUCAAAUCACAGCACCACCUCUUACUCAGUCUGCUGUGAAGAUUCUGUUGGGUACAGCAGUGAUGUUAAAUCUGCUCCUUCACAUGGCUUAGGAGUUGUUGGUGGCCACUGCCAAGAAAAUAUUAAGCACAGCCAUGUGGAAUAUCCAGGUGAUGCAGAGUGUUCUACAGAAGCCACGCUUCAGCAGUUUCUUCAUAAUCACACUUACAAUCAACUGCCAAGUCAAGCAGCAUCCACUCCAGAGCAUUAUCAACAGAUCUGGAUAAAGAAAUCAAACGAAGUAAAAGAUAGGUGCCAUAAUUCUACUGCUACAAACCGGAGCAGAGAUGAACGUUAUGCAAAAGCUCUGAGAAUACCAUUUUCAGUUGAUGAAAUUGUGAGCAUGUCCGUCGACUCUUUCAACACCAUGCUGGCAAAGAACCAGCUGACAGAAACUCAGGUAUCGCUUCUACGUGACAUCAGACGAAGAGGAAAAAACAAGGUAGCUGCCCAAAAAUGUCGUAAACGCAAACUGAAUGCAAUUCUUAACUUGGAAGAAGAUGUGUGUAAUCUCCAAACACAAAAGGAGAGCCUUAAAAAGGAGCAUUCCCAGUGUAGCAAAUCAAUCAAUCAGAUAAAGCAAAAAUUAAACAACUUAUACCAUGACAUUUUCAGUAGACUGAGGGAUGACCAGGGUAGACCUGUUAACCCACACCAGUAUGUCAUUCAUUGCAGUAGCAAUGGAGGUGUUUUCAUAAUACCCAAGCACUUAGCCAAAUCUGAACAGAAACAAGAUAACAGAAAAGAGCAGAAACAAAAGUAAGAUGACUGGAGAUCACCUAAAUCACCUUUAUUUUGCUUGAAAGGAUGGUAAGAAUACUUGUGUGAAGAUUAAAGGUCAGUGAUUACAGCAGUUCAAAAGAAACAACUACACUUGAGGAGAAACACUAUUUUCAAGGGUCUGGCAAACCCAGCCAACUGUGAUCUGUUAGAAGGUCCGAGAGCUGAGUCUUCUGGAUGAGGAAAUCUGUUUAGUUUUAGGUAGAAUUAAAGGAGCUAGACCAUCAGUGUAGUGUAGCUUUAUAGAACUAUGUUAAAACUAGGAAUUUAGUUACUGGUAAUGGGGGCAGAGGGGAGAACAUCAGUGAGGCAUGAAAGUCAGCUUUAGAUCAUCGUUACACAUGCAAGAAAAUGUUUCAUUCUUGAAUACUUGACUCUAUACAGAGAAUGACCUUAUUUAUUCUCUAGCACUGAA